GAUCAAUAAAAAUCUCCAAUAGUUGCAAUUGUAUUUGCUUAUCGUGGUUGGAAAAUGGAUUCUUCUAUUGCAAGUGUUGGCGGGUCUGGUGAUGAAGGCUCUCAAAACUUAAAUGAAGGAAGAAGACCUUCAUACAAACGUCUUACUUCUGUACAAACAGCCAAACUUGAAAGAUUCAUCAAGGAGUGUCCACAUCCAGAUGAAGUCCAACGACGUCAUUUAGCUUCUGAGAUUGGACUUGAACCCAAACAAAUAAAGUUUUGGUUUCAGAAUAAAAGGACUCAAAUCAAGAAUCAACAUGAGCGAGCAGAUAACACAGCUCUUCGAGUUGAGAAUGAUAGGAUACAUAGCGAAAAUGUCCUAAUGAAAGAAGCAUUAAAGAAUAUGCUUUGUCCAUCUUGUGGGGGUCCACCAUAUCCAGAAGGAAAACAUGAACAUGUUAUCCAAAAGAUGCAACUUGAAAAUGCCCAACUAAAAGAAGAGCAUGAAAAAGUGUCUAGCCUUCUUGCAAGGUACUUGGAGAAACAAAUGUCACCACCUGAGUUACAACAAGGUUUUAUUCCUAUCACAGGAUCAAGUUCACAUUCUCCAACAACACUAGGAAAUUCACAAAACCAAGAGACAGGUGAAAGUUCAUGUCCCAAUCGAAGUCUUGGUAAGCAAAUUAUGGACAGUGACCAUUUAUUGCCUAACUCAUCGGGAAGUGAAGGUAUAGAAAAUACCCUUAUGUCAAAGGUUGCUAUUGAUGCAAUGGAUGAAUUAGUUAGGCUUCUUCGAAUUAAUGAUCCUUUUUGGACCAAUACUUCAACUCAAGAUGAGAAAUUCAUUCUUAACCAUGAAAAUUAUGAAAAAGUGUUUCCAAGGACCAAUCAUUUCAAAGGUGUCAACAUGCAUGUAGAAGCAACAAAAGAUUCGGGAAUAGUGAGCAUUAAUUGCAUCCAGCUAGUUGAGAUGUUCUUAGAUUCAGACAAAUGGGCUAAUCUUUUUCCAACAAUUAUUACGAAAGCAGAAACAAUCAAAGUACUUGAAAGUGGUUUGCUAGGAAAUCGAAGUGGAGCUUUGCAACUGAUGUUUGAAAAAAUGCAUGUUCUUUCACCUUUAGUGCAACCUCGUGAAUUCCAAUUUCUUCGUUAUUGUCAACAAAUUGAAGAAGGUGUAUGGGUGAUAGUAGAUGUGUCAUUUGAUUCAUUUCGACAAAAAAACUCCAUUUUUCACUCUUGGAGAUAUCCCUCUGGAUGCAUGAUUCAAGAAAUGCCUAAUGGGUGUUCCAUGGUGACUUGGAUUGAACAUGUAGAAGUGGAUGAUAAGAUCCAAGCACAUCAACUAUACAAAGAUAUUGUUCAUAAAGGAAUUGCAUAUGGAGCAGAAAGAUGGAUUAUGGAACUUCAAAGAAUUUGUGAGAGAUUUGCUUGUUUUUAUGUUGAAAAGAUACCUAAUCAUGACUCUGAAGGAGUUGUCAAUUCUCUUAAAGGAAGGAGGAGUGUAAUGAAUUUUUCUCAUCGUAUGAUCAAGAUCUUUUGUGAAAGUUUAACUAUGUCGGGUAAAUUAGACCUCCCACAAUCAAAUAUGGAGAAUAAUAGCGGGGUGAGGGUUUCUAUUCGCAAAAACACAGACCUUGGUCAACCAAAUGGCAUGAUUGUUGUAGCUGCUACCUCCCUUUGGCUUCCUCUUCAUUAUAUGAAAGUUUUUGAGUUCUUCACAGAUGAUAAAAGACGGGCUCAGUGGGAUGUUCUUUGUUGCGGAAAUCCUACACACAGGGUUGCACACAUCUCAAAUGGAAUUCAUCCUCACAACUGUAUAUCAAUUCUUCAGCCAUUCAUCCCUAGCGAGAACAAUGCACUAAUUCUUCAAGAGAGUUUUACAAAUCCCAUGGGAUCGUAUGUUGUAUAUGCUCCAACCGAUGUAGCAACUAUGAAUUUAGCCAUAAAAGGAGAGGACUCUUCAGUGUUACCAAUUCUUCCAUCAGGUUUUGUCAUCUCUGCAGAUGGUGAACCAAAUGCAACUUUGGGAGCUUUUAAUGAUGUAAAUAUUGAAAGAAUAGGGGGUUCAUUAUUGACAGUAGCUUUUCAAAUACUAGCUUCAAGUCCAGAUGGAAUCAAUAUGCCAAAUAUGGAAUCAAUGUCAGCUGUGAACACCCUUUUAACCUCAACAAUCCUAAAAGUCAAGGAUGCUUUGAAUUGCAACAAUUUGGAGUGAUUUUUUGGUCAUGUAAUUUUCUAUCUCUUGUUCAAGGACAAAAUAAUGCCUUGUUUCCUUUGCAUGCAUGACAAGUUUUCUUGACAUUUAA